CGCGUGGCGGGGCCAGAAGGGCCGGGGUCGCUUCUGGGAGGCCUGAGGGGCCAGCAGAAAUGUAGAAGAAGCUUGGAGCUGGGUCGGAGAUAUGGUUGUGACCAGAGGCGAUUGAGGUCCAUGUCUUGAUGGCAAAAAUAAGAAUCAGAGACUCAAAAGCUCCAACAGGCAACGCCACAGACAAGCCUGAGAAUCUUAAAAAACAAUGCAAGAAGAAGAAGAAGAAGAAGAAAAGAUUCUUUUGGAAGAACAAAACCAAGCUGGCAGAGCAGAAAGUGCAAAAAAGUCCCAGUGUGGCGUCAGGGUUGCCACCCAAAACUCCCCAGGAAGUUUCAUCGAACUGGAAGGGCUUGCAAGAGCUUCUAAAGCAAAAGGCUGCCAGUUUGGAUUCUGCUGUUACUGAACUUGACACAUGCUCCAAGAAGAAACAUGCAACCAAAGAGGAAGGAACUGGCCCCAGACUGGCAGAAGUAAAUGGAGCUGAGAACAGGCUGAAAUGCAGACCUGUGGAGAACACCAAGAAGGGUCGCACUGAAAGCCUUGUCCACCCAGCUCUCCCCAAAUCAAAAAGAUCUGCUCAUGGAAGGAAUCUGAGCCAAGCCCAGAAAGAUAAGAAAGAAUGCAAAGGAGGUAAAAGAAACAACCAGGUUGAGAGGGACUACGGGGAUAUUAAACAUAAAAGAAGGAAACCUGAAGAGUUACCAGACAUCUGGUUUGAUGAUGUGGAUCCAGAUGACAUUGAAGCAGCCUUGGGGUCAGAAGCAGCAGAAAUUGCCCGGAAGCAACUGGGGAGUCCCCGGAAGCAACUGGGGAGUGAAGAGAAAGCCCAGCCACUGAAAGAGCAGACCUUGGUUAAGGAGAAGGCUUUUGAAGGCUUGACGAGAGCCGUAGCCAUGGACUGCGAGAUGGUUGGCGUGGGACCAAAUGGUGAAGACAGCAUUGUGGCCCGUGUAUCUCUUGUGAAUCAGUUUGGCAAGUGUGUUUAUGACAAGUAUGUGAAGGCUGCAGAAAAAGUGAUGGACUACAGAACAGCUGUUAGUGGGAUUCGGCCAGAGAAUUUAAAAACAGGGGAAGACUUUAAAGUUGUUCAGAAGGAGGUAGCUGACAUCCUAAAGGGAAGGAUUCUAGUUGGACAUGCUCUUCACAAUGACUUAAAGGUUUUAUUUCUUGACCAUCCUAAAAAGAAAAUCCGGGACACACAAAGAUACAAGCCUUUCAGACAGAAGGUCAAGAGCGUGAGACCAUCCCUGAAACUGCUCUGUGAGAAAUUGCUGAAUGUGAAGGUACAGCGUUCGGAGCAUAGCUCGAUCCAGGAUGCCCAGGCAGCAAUGAGACUCUACGUGAUGGUGAAAAAGCAGUGGGAAGCAUCUCUCAAAACACGGUCAAAGACAGAGAGAAAAUGACUCCGGAUAUUACCAGCCUGUCCUGACUGACACCUCUGAAGCUACAGAAUGGCUUUCCUUCUAGGACUGCUUCUGUUGCCACGGAAUCUGUUGAUGUACAGGAAUUAAUAUAAAACAAUUUGCUUACUAAUUUUGUUACUAAA